GACGUAAAGUGAAAUGAGUGUUUUGUGAAAUUCGUUAUCUCUAUCCAUCGCGAUCCAGUGCAAAUUAAUUAUGCAAGCAGCAAUCGAUAUUGUAAUAAUUUCAUUAACGAUUGUGAUAAAGAAACACGGCCAGCUAUACCAGUGCAGGAGUGUCAUAAUAAUUUCUUCAAACUUUCCAAUUUGCAACGAGCACGACGGAACAGUGUGUCACUCCUCUUCUUUCCUGUUAUACUAUUUGUCAUGUGCUAUGUUCAACUGUGCUUCUCAUCGUCUUAUAAUUUACCAUCUUCCCUCUCAACGCGCCGUCUGUACAGGAUGGAAAAUCGGAGACGGAGAUCCUUUAAACGAACCCCGGCGCAGUGACGAUGAAAAGCUAACGAAGGUGGCCAACAUAACAGCUACGCGCGGCGUAGUGCGUUAAAUUAACCACGUCAGGUUAAUGACAUCAGAAUCGCGUUCGGGAACUUUAACCAAAGGGCACCGAAUGCAGAAUUAAAUUUGAGCGAGAUGAAACGAGCCGCGAAGGACGCGAGCUGGAAAUGCGGUGCAUGCUGCUUUUAACGCGUUACGAGAAACAUGGACAGCAAAAACUCGUGAGAUAAACACACGAACAAACGUUGAGCAAAGAUAUGAACGAUAAAUCGUGCUCGUUGCACUUUAAAUGUCUCUUAUAUUGUUGCAUUAAAACUUCAAUAUUUACAUAAUUCUAAUAAA